AUGAAAGCUAGUCAUACCACUAGGAGUGUUCAAGCACAAGUUCUAGCCAAAGAGGCUUCUCCAUUCUCAGAAAAAUUAUAAGAAAAAUGAGCCAGAUGAUAGACUUUCAGGGAACAGAGAUUCUCGGCCGCAUAAUAUUUUCAGACUUUAUGAGAAACAACAGGAAUACUUAAGGAAGAUCCCAAGCUUGAUAAACUGAUUGAUGAGUAAUAUACGAGAACAUAACAAAGAAAUACAGAGUUGCCAUCAGGAGUUUAC